AUGCUCCCAUCGAGUGGGUGUAUGGAUCCAGAAUUUGGUGAAUGGCUAUCAUUGCCUAUAUCGGACUCUUUACCAUCAAAGAUGAAGGUAAAUAUUGGAAAGAUGGCACCUUUGAAAACGGUGGCCCAGAAUGGCUGUGAGAAAAGGUGGCCGUGGUCUUUCAAAAUAUUGAAAAGAACUUCCAGCGAACUCUUUCUGAUGGCGGCUCUUGGAUCUGAAGUCAAAUUUGAUAACCCUGACAAGAUAAAGUUGUAUGAUAUUACGUCUAAGAGUAAGGAUGCUGAUGGGGAGAAGGCUAACAUGGAUGAAUUUAAACCAAGCAAAAUAAUGCUAGAGUCAUUUCCCUCGCUUUUCUCAUUGCAAGAAAGUCCACCAUCUGCGAGUUUGGCCGCACAGUACCGGAGAAAAGCAAUAGCAUUGAGACUAACAUCACUAUUGAAUUUACUAUUUGUGAAGUUCACCAGUUCUUCUCGCUCGAGGAAUUUCAUAGCAAGCUGUCGCAAUGAAUCCAUAACAAAGAUUGCAACAGAAAGGUUCUCGGACAAACCAACUGACACAAAGAAUUCGGAAAGAACAUUCCAUAUACGUGACCACACUAGCCUUAUGCGAUUCAUCCGCACAGUGGAGGUUAGUAAACUUAGCCACAGUAGUAACAAAGGCAUCUCUCUGAGUCUGCAUACCCAUCAUGGCAGUAACAUGCACAGCAUGACGAAAUCAUUGAGAAGUAGCUUCCUUGUCAUCGCUUUGGUCCAGCAUUACACUAAAGGCAGCAAGCAUUGGGCCCCAGCAGACUUCAACCAUGAACCUCAAUAUUGA